AUUUUGUAUGCAAACCGUUCGAAAUCGACGGAUGCUUCAGAGGAAGCUGGCGUUUGUUAAAUUUCAUUUUUGUGGCUGUUGUGAAUAAUAACAUUUUUGUGAUUGGUAAGCCAUUUACAGAUGCUGUGUUUACGUGUAACAUCAGAUAUGGCCCGUGGGCACCAGAAGUUUCAGUCCCAGCAGAAAAAUGCCAAAAAGCAGGCGGAAAUAAAGAAGAGCAAAGGUCAUGACCAGAAGGCAGCAGCCAAAGCUGCCUUGGUGUACACCUGCAGUGUAUGCCGGACACAAAUGCCCGACCCUAAAACCUUCAAGCAGCACUUCGAAAGCAAACAUCCAAAGUCUCCGAUGCCUCCUGAGUUACUCAGCGUGGAGGCGUAACACACCCACCUCCACUAAUGAGACAGCUGAAGCUGAUUCUGGACAGGCUCUGUCUCCAUUUUGGACACAAAACAUUGAGUGUUUCGGAAGAAAUAUCUGUUUCUCCAGCUGAUUUGUCUGUCUUUGAGUGUUUUAUGCAGAGAUGGUAUGUACCUACUGGUUCAUCUCAUUUUUCUUUUUUUUUUUCCACCCCAAUGUUAUUUAUUUUUUUGCUUUGCCCUAACCUGCCAAAAUUUGAUCCAGGCCCAUUACCGAAGGACAGAAGAUGCACAACCGACCGGUACUCCCCCCUCGCCUCACUUCUAAAAAGUCUUGCAUGUCGAAUUGUAAACAUUAUUUAAUCAUUUCCAAUGCUAACGUUACAAGAGCAGCUCGUCUGUGUGCUUUGUGACUACGGCACCGUCUCAGGUCUCCCAUUGCUGCAGAGCAGGCUGUAAAGCAAUGAGCCGGUGGUAGUGGCUCCGCUCGGUCAAUCUGUCCUCCACGUUUCAAUCCAGCGAUUUCUGCAAAAAUAUUUAAGUUCAUAAUGUGUUUGGAAAGAUAAAUGUCAAAACGGUGGUUUGUUCCUUUUUACUUCCAAGCUGCACUGAUAUCGUUCCUGCCUGGAAAGACUCAACAGAGCCUAGCAUGCUGGUUAUUUUUGUCGAUACGAAGAAUAUGUUGAAGACACUGCGCUACACGGGUACUGAAAUUCCUCCAUCUUCUCCUCGGAUUUUCAUGAAUUGUACAUAGUUUACUUCCUGUGAAAGGUAAACAGAGGAGAGUGAAAGUUUAUUUGCAGUAAACUCUAUCCAGAGGAAAAUUCUUUGACCUCAUGAAGUAUCUCUUACUUAAACUUAGUUUGAAGUGAGUAUAGAUGAUGGUAAUGGGCUACUCUAGUUCCCAGAGGUUACCAUGGUAAAACAUUUGUGACAUACGUGUGCACAGCUGUAGCUUUGAUAACAAUGUAGUUUAUCACUGUAGAGUUUUCCAGUGUAAACGAUCUUAACAGUCAAAUUUCUGACAUUCUUAAGUGCAAGUCUUUGUUCUCCAAUCACGGUUGAGGUAAAGUGUCCCGACUCUGAACCUGCAUUAAAAGUCUGAAUUGCAUUACACUGUAAGUCAGCUUUGGUUAUUUUUGUAUAAACUUCCUAUCAUGACCAACUAACAGAUGUAAUUUAUUGAAAGGAACAGUUUUUCCCAACAGGUUUGGACCUUCUGGUAUUGAACCACUGAACAUCGUAUCACUGUGCUCUAAGUCUGGACUGACAACCAGCCAUGUUUUUACUUUUGUAAUAAUCAUAUCUUGUCAGCGUAAUGUAAUGUUUAGUCUUUUAAUAAAGGUCUUUUAUAUCAGA